GUCUACGACAACGACGACAACGACAUUGGAGGCCUUCCACUCUCUUAGCCGACACCAUACUCUCUCUUGACAAUUCGCAGGUCGAACGAAUAAGCUUCAAAACACUCCUUCAAUCAUGUCGCACGCCCCAACUUGGGAACCCUCCUAUCCGUCAACUCAACACUCGCACCAUGAUGACGACUCGGACGAGGACGUCAAGGUACCCUAUGACGACCUCAUAGAUCAGUAUGCUACUCCCUUUAGCCAGAAUGAACGACACAAGGUGCAUAAGGUCGAGCCGCUAGCCUUUGACCAGAAGACCGACGCCACGGGAAAGGACCUUGAAGGGGCUAGUUCUGACGGUCACGAUUGGGCGUACCCUCCCGCAUCAACAGCAAAAGAGAAAGAACAGCGUAAACCCCUGACCUGGUCUACGUUCAUCCCAGACUCCAUUGCAUGUCGGCUGUACCUCCUCACCGUCCUUGUCGAGACUGCAAUCGAUUUAGCAAUAGAGGCCGACCUCUUGAUUCGUUUCCAUGACUUUGACAAGGAAGACUUGGACACUGAUAUUGUCUCGCGAAAGAUGCCCGUCUACCUGACCAUCUUCGCGCUUGCUCACGUGUUUCAGUUCGUCCUCGCCGUAGACGCCGUGGCGGCGCGAAAUACUCUCCAGUUUAUCUUCCUAUCCAUCUUCAACGCCCUCUUCCUCGUAUACGCAGUCAUACAGAUUAAGGAAAUCCAGCAAUCCUUGCCGAGCGGCACCACCGGCAUAUCACAUAUCCCCAUUGACACACUUACACUCAUCAUCCCGAUAGUGAUCUCAGUCGCAGAACUCGCGUACUGCGCGCUGGGGUGGAGGAUCUACACCGAGUUUGGCUGGAAGGUGUACAAGUAUCUUGGCGCGGAUCGCCGCAUCAAGACGAUGUACGCUCACUACCAAAUCUUCCUGUGCCUGGUCAAGUUCGACCUUUUCUUCUGGGUCGGCUUCUCUGUGCAGUUCAUCUGGCUGGUCCUGAACGCACACGACGCGGAAUACUAUCUCACUUGUGCUGCCCUCCCCUUGUCGCUCAUCGUCCUCGUUGAGGGACACCUCGCGGCGCGGCACGAGAACAAGCUGAUGAUGUGGUCGUUCAUGGGCGGCUGUGUCGCGGCAUUGGUCUAUUUCGUUUACAAGCUUGUUAAGGUUCUUCGGAACAAAGAUACCGACGCGACCUACGGAGCGGUAUGGGAAACACUGACAACGUUUUCGGUUCUGGCCAUAAUACUGCUCAUAGCGACAUUUAUCUUCGCUUGCCUUGUUAUGCAAAACUUUGGCCGGGGCUUGAAGGCGCAGAUGUCGAAGAGUACAGCAACGCGGCGCGGCAAGUCUCUGCAACUCCACAGGGGACCCAUGGCGACACAUCCAAACCGGAUGAGCAUCGAAUAAGGCUUGUCGUCGCUGCUUGAUCCAACGGACUUGUAUUCCUGAACUGUACUAUUGUCUCACCACCCCUUGCCCCGAUUACUGCAAUGCAUCACCAUACGGACUCAUAUCCCACGGUCACAGACCUUAUAUUCGCCUAUCCCUUUUUCGUCCAGUCGCCGAUCCUAGUCACGAGCGAGGAUUGCACGAUACGAUCAUAUCUUCCUCUGCCGCCUGCUUGGCCGUCAGUUGCAUAUCUUAGCUCGAUUGUAUUGCUGGUCUCAUACUCCUGGGCGUACUGUCACUACACUUCACCCAACCUUGGUAUCUUUUACAUGUCACAUAUUUUUCGCUGGUUUUGACCCUCUUCGUGAUAACGUAGUAUCUUUCGUUUACACCUUCACUUCGUUAAAUGUUCAAUUUGCCGCGCUUCAAGUGCUGAUCCGCGUCCCAUUCAUUGUCUGAAUGUAUUCCUAAUUUCCUGUUAUCGAGAUACAACGCUGGUCGUC